CUCAAAAAUAUCUAAUCUAUUGUCAAAAAUGCUUUAUGAUGCAAAGAUAAAAUGUCUCUAAUCGUUUACAUGUUUAUAAAAUAAACGCUUGUUUCAACUCCAACAGAAAAAGUCCAAGAUCUCUGCAUCCCGCAAGCUGAUGCUAAAGAGUCUUAUGGUGGCUCGAGCAAAGGAGGAGUUGGAGGAGGAACUGGCAGAGAAAGAAGCAGAGAAAGAGAAAUAUUUAUGUGAGAAAGCUCCUCCGCUUCAGACCAGUGGAAUGUCUUUUGCUGAACUACAGGAGCUGUGUCGAGAACUUCACGCCAAAAUUGACGUGGUGGAUGAAGAACGCUACGACAUUGAGGCCAAAGUGCUUCACAACACAAGAGAAAUCAAAGAUUUGAACAUCAAAGUCCUGGACCUGAGGGGUAAAUUUAAGCGACCUACCCUGAGAAGGGUGAGAGUUUCAGCAGACGCCAUCCUGAGAUCUCUUCUGGGCUCUAAACACAAGGUGUCAAUGGAUCUGAGGGCCAACCUCAAGUCUGUGAAGAAGGAAGACACCGAGAAGGAAAAGACGGUAGAGGUCAGCGAUUGGAGGAAAAAUGUGGAGGCCAUGUCUGGAAUGGAGGGAAGGAAGAAAAUGUUUGAUGCAGCUCAGUAAACAACACAAGACCAAUAAACUCAAGGACAUCAAGAUGGGCCCAAGUUUGCAGGAAUUGUCAAAAGGCUGAGAUAAUAAAUAUUCAUAUUUUUUUGUUGAUGACUUGCAAAGAGACGCAGAACAUUUCAGAAUACUUUUGUGUCUAGAACCAAGUAACAUUUUAAUCAGAGGCAUAACUGCUGUGUGACAUGUUAUCAUUCAUAAACCAAACAUUUCUCUCUUG